UAUUUAGAAAAUCAUGGAAGCAACAAUGAACGUAGCCACUCCGCCAAGCCGUUCGCUCUCUGUCCAUGUGUCGGCAGAGACGGAAUCUGCUGACAAUUCCACAGCAGAGGACCCCAUGAGCCCUACCGGAAGAGUUUUCGAGGAGAUGGGUGUCUAUAUCAUCGUCGUGAUGGGGCUUAGCAUGCCGGUGAACCUGCCCGUCUUCUGCGCAGGCAUCGAAACAGAACUGCUUACCCGGUUCCCACGCUUCCGCAGCAUUCAAGUGAUGGAUGGGUCGAAGGAUGGAAAGCCACGCUGGGUGCAAACGGUGGUAAAUGUGGACGACCACAUCAUCGUCCCGAGGCUAGAUCUUGCCGCCGUGGACUCUGACCCAGAAAAGGCCGUGGAGGACUACGUGGCGUCUCUAUCCCUGCUCCCGAUGGACAGGCGCCGUCCUCUCUGGGAGUUCCACUUUCUUGACUUCCGGACUUCGGAGGCAGCCUCCACGACGGUGCUCCGCCUGCACCACUCCAUCGGCGACGGCAUGUCGAUCAUGACUCUCCUCAUGGCGUCGUCGCGCAGCACGGCCGACCCGGCGAGGCUGCCGGCCAUGCCGCCGCCGCCCAAACGCACUGGCGCCAUCUACCAGCGGUGUCCACAGCCUCCGCGGCUUUGGUCAAGCGAUUACCUUGCGUGGCUUUGGUCGUACGUUGUGCUAGCAUGGCACACGCUGGUGGACAUCGUGUUGCUUGCUGCGACCGUAUUGUUCUUGAGAGAUCCAGGCACGAUGUUCACGCUUGUGCCAGACGGCGGCCAGUCUCGCCGCCGCAAGCGUUUGGUGCACCAGAGCCUCAGGCUCGACGACGUCAAGCUCAUCAAGACUGUCCUGAACUGCACUAUGAAUGACGUGCUAGUUGGUGUGACUUCAGCAGCUCUUUCACGGUACUAUUUUAGGAAAUCCUGUAACAUCAACACCAAGAGAAUCUGCUUGCGAUCAAUCCUCCCUGUGAACACAAGGCCAGUCUCCAGCCGACAAACAUAUGUUACCAAGGUAGAGACCGGGAAUCGAAUUAGCAACAUCAUCUGUCCAUUUUAUAUAGCCUUGCACAAUGAUCCCCUUGAGUAUGUUCGCACGGCAAAAAGGUCUAUGCAUAGGAAAAAGAGCUCUUUAGAAGUGAUGUUCGCACAAAUGACUGUUGAUUUUUUGGUGAAAUACUUUGGUCCAAAGACAGGGGCUUUCAUCUUCCGCUGCUUUGUCACACGUACAACCGCAGUCUUAUCAAAUGUCGUAGGGCCAGCUGAACAUAUAACUUUAUGUGGGCACCCGAUUGCUUUCAUGGCAAUUAGCGUCUAUGGUUUACCACAAGCUCUGACCAUGCACUACCUAAAUUAUGGCAGCAAUAUCAAGGUCAUUCUAACAGUUGACGACGAACAAUUUCCAGAUUGUCAUCAACUUUUAAAUGAUUUUGCUGAGUCCGUCAAGCUUGUGAGGGAUGCGGCUAGCCUCAAGACAUUAACAACAUCGAUCCAGAAUGACUGAAUAAGAAAUAAUUGGAUAGGUAUACCCACAGGAGAUGGGAGGAGGGCUGCGGCGGGAUGCGGAGGAGGAUCUCCCACAGGAGAUGGUCAUUUUCGAGCGGCGAGGACAGCGCCGCCGGCGAGCUGCCGCGGCGGCGACGACGACUGCGGCCGGAUGCCUCCUCACCCGCGUGGAUCUGUGGACGGAGGAGCGUGCUGCGGCGUCGAGCCACUCCUUCACCGGUAUAAUUGAUGAUAACCCCCCCAGUUCGUGUGCCUUUGAUCAUAAGCCCCCCUUUGUGUCACUCGUCACUCGCGUAGACCUGGGGAUGUAGGCGCGGGCUGCGGCGGCGGGCCACUCCUUUGCCGUCGUGACUGGCGUGGAUCUGGGGAUGGGGAUGGAGCCGCAUGCUGCGGCGGCGGGCCACUGCUUCGCCUGCCUCACUCGCGUUGGCAUGUGGAUGGAGGCGCGUGCACGUGCUACGGUGGCGGGCGUCCUCGGCCGCGCUCAUCUCGCCGGCGGCGGCAGCGGCAAGACCUAGCUAUUUUAGUGAGGCAGAGGAAGACGACGCGGAGUGGUAGCAGCAGUGCAGUGGUUGGCUUCA